AUGCUGUUACAUUCUGGAGUACCAAUGUAGGAUAUAGAGGUAUUCAAUGUAAUGAUAGAUAAUCAGAGAAAUUAUAUUAGAACAGUAAGAGUUGGAUCUCACCAAAACCCGGCAAUGUUAUUGAUUCAUGGGUAUGGAGGGUCGUCAUAGAUGUUCUUGGGAUGGGUGGAAGUAGCUGACCUAAAUUUGCCAUUGAAAACUCUGAGGAGACAGAUGACUAUUUAACUUUAUGGCUUGAAUAGUGGAGGUAGUCACUUGAGUUAUAAUCUUUUAUUUUGGUUGGGCAUUCAUUUGGAGGUUAUAUCAGUAAUUAUGAGAAGAGGAUCUUCUGAAUACUGCAUAUUUAGAUGUUUCAAUCAUGAACUUUUUGCUUUUCAUCCUCUUAAUUCAGAUGAUAGAUUAGGGAAAAUAAAGAUUCCAGUAAGUAUAUAUUAUGGAGAUACAGAUUGGAUGAGAAAAGAUGGAGCUGAAGAUAUUAUAAACUAAAAUCCUUAUAAAGGGACUCAGAGUCAUAUUUUUACAAUCUCUGAGAGUAAUCAUCAAAUGUUUUUUGAUAAUCCCGCUGAAUUGGUGAAAAUCAUGAUACAGGAUUUGAGUAAUCUAGAUAACUUAGAUUGCUCUGAAAAUGAUAUUGAAGGUUAAGAUCAUAUAUUACAUUUAAAAUUAGAUAAAAGGAGAUAUUCUGAACAUUAAUAGUUGAAUUAAGAAUGCUUAAAAAACCAUAUUUCUAGAGAAAUCUGUUUUGAUGAUAUUCUUAGUAAUAGAGUUUGA